AUGAUUGAAAUUAGAGACAGCACACUUACAGAUGAGGUCAAUCAUCUGAACCAGAAGGAUAUACAGGAAAGGCAAGACAAAGUUUUGGCCACAUCUGGAUGGAGAGACUGCAUGACCUUUCUAUAUGACCUCUCCACAAGCUAUGGAUACAUCCAAGAGGAGAGGCUACUACUCAACAUCAUAUUACCAAAGUACACCAAACACAACUAUCAACCAAUGCAAUUCGAGGUCACAAUCAACUGUUCAAAGCCAGAGAUCAUUGCUGGUGUAACACCACAGACAUCAAACUACUUGAACUUUGAAGGACAAUGUGUCAUUUGCUUCGAGAAUGUUGGAUCGGCCAAGAGGAAGGGUCUGCGCGCAUUUGAGUUUGAGUGCAAUGGUAGACAGUUCUUCCGCCAGUUCCCACCAUAUCCUUACUUCAACUUCCACAACAUAAUUAUUGACAAGCAGCACAUACCACAAGUUCUCACACUGGACACGAUAAAGGAGCUGCUCGAGAUGUGUGAGCGCAUGCCCGGCUACAAGGUGGCGUCCAACUCGGAUCGCGAGGGCACAGGUGUCACCAACAUGUCGCAUCGUCACUACCAGGCAGGCGACCACCCCUACGCCGUGUUUGAGGCUCGCGUCAAGAAGACCUACGACCUGCUCGGAUGCCAGGUGAUGUGGCUGCACCACCCAUGCUGCUGUCUCAAAGUGGUGGGCAGCGACCGCGCACAGAUGGAGCUGGCCGUCAACUCGGUGUUCAAGGCCUGGCGCACGGGCGACUUCCCCGCACUGCAACAGCCACUCCAGACCUGCUCAUUCAUAUGCACGCUCAAUCCCGUGACGUCCAACUUUGAGUUCAUCCUGUUUGCGCGCAAUGCCCAACAGCCCAGGUUCCUGACCAGGGCCACGCUGCAGUGUAUCAAGAAGGAGUUUGUCGGAAUAUUCGAGCUGUGUGGCUAUGGUAUCCUGCCCGGCCGUCUAAAGGAGCAGCUCAAGCAGAUAGAGAAGGUGUUGGAGUCGCACGAGCAGCAGCCCAACUUCCAGCAGCAGUAUGAUGACUCGUUACUGCUGCCCACCGAUCUUCAGAUGUUCCACGAUUGGAUCAAGGAGUUCUACGUGCAAGUAAGGCGUGACAACCCGACCAUGUCGACCAAGAACGUCCUGGAGGAGACUCUCCAAACGACGUUCAUAGCCAUCCUCAAGGACAACAGUCCUGUCGAUGAGGAUGACGAGGCAACCAUUGAUCUCUGGAUGUCACAGUGUCAUUGA